GGUCACACAGUCUCGGCGAAUUCAGCGAUGUCUGUAUUUCUAUUGUGUGCGUGUAAAUUUCUGGCAACGAACUGAAAAAACGGGGCCAUCUAAUAUGUAAUUUGUUAUACAAUAUGUGCUCGAAUAACUGUGUUGAUGUUGUUGAAUUGGACUAUGUUGUGCUAAAGCUAAAUGGCAGCGAUAUUACAUCAUUGUCCAAUUAUGAAGCGGUUCAAAUGUUCCUUCAAGCAAAAGAAAAUCUUGUUGUUGAAUUAUGUCGCAAGCAAAACAAAGAAAGAAAUUCGAUUAGUGCUGAUGACGUCGAUGCGGCCAAAGAUGACCAGCAUGCGCAAAUGUCAACAACAAAGGUGACCAGCAAUACGAAUGCGAUACUAUCACUGCCAGCAGCAGCACGGAAUCAAAUCAUUUUAAGUCUGCGCUCAUUCAAUGCUGGGCCUUCGUCGGCAACAAAGGAGACGCAGACGAUUGAGGAUUUUGUCGAUUUGAAAAAGAAUCGCGCGCGUUCCGAUCACAACAAUAAACUAGCUCAAACGAUAGCCGAUCAUUUUAUCGAGCGCGAACAUCAUCUGUUCGAACAAUGCCUGGAGCCGGAAAUCGAUAUUGAGGAAGUGACGCUGGUGAAAAGCGAAUCGGCAAGUGAUCCAAUUGGAUUGAGUGUUUGUUGCAACAAUGGAUUCUUGGCCAUCAAGAACAGCGUUGAAUGUAUUAAGCCUGUGAUAUACAAAGAGAAAACAACUGAUGGCGCUGCGGAAGUAGAUGCGGAAGCGGAUGUAGAUGUGUGUGAGGAUGUGUUCAUUAGUGAUAUUAAGCCGGAGAGCAUUGCGUAUAGAGAUGGUCGCCUGCGGCGUGGCGAUCAAAUACUACGCAUCAAUGGCAUAGAUACGAAAAGUCGAAAGCAAGCCGAAACGCAAAUUGCCGAAAAUAAUAUUGCAAUCACGUUGCUGGUCAGUCGACUUUUAUAUCCGGAUGACGAUGACGAUGAUGAGAUUGUGGACGAGGACGAGGAUGAUGAUGACGUUGACGUUGACGUUGAUGACGAUGAAGACGAUGAAGAAGAAGAUAUGGAUAGUAAUUUUGAAUAUGCGAAUAGUUUCCUUACCGAUGACUACACAAAUGUUGUCGAUAAAUUAGACAAAGUGCUGCUAACACAACGCCAGUCAAUCAAACCGGUGAUCGAACUAAUAACCGGAACCAGUUCAACGUCCAAAACUAACAAGAAAGCAAAUGCCGAAAUAUCGAUGAAGAAAGUUCCAACCAGCGAUAAGACAAAGGCGCGCAAUGCAAAUCAAACAAUGUUGGUUAAAAGCCAACCGCCGCCGCCAGCGGCAUUGGUGCAAAGGGCUCCAAAAGCGAAACUAUAUGAUUACGAUGAGAGCGAACAUAUUUACGAAACGAUACCCGAAGAUGAAACGGAAACGGAAACAGAACCACUCUACUGUUCUCCAUAUCAAAGUUCCAAUUAUAUGACAGCCCUGGGGUCAUGCUCUGCCGAAACGGAUAUUCUGGAGAUGCAACAGCAAACACAGCGUGUGGCACAAUGGCUGGGUAUUAAAUCGCAGCCACGCAACGUACACACUUUGGCAAGUCGCUCGAGUUUCUCCACUAAUAAUAAUAAACAGCAAAAGAAUCGCAUUUCCUCAUCGCAUCGAGUUUACACGUUGCGCAGCGGAAUCACAACAAAUACGAGUGGUUCCAGCAGCAGUGGAGCAGCCACAAAUAUCGAACCGGAAAUGAUCAUCAGCAAUCAUCAACAGCAACAGCAGCAGCUACAGCAACAUCAGCUGUUGCAUCACAAUCAGCUAUUGCAUCAACACGAGGAACUGGAGAAUUCAUCAAGUGCCUAUAAUACGGGUGGUUCCAAUAACAGCGCCUCGCCUCGCCAGCAACAACAGCAACAAAAUGGCGCCAAUAAUAUCGAACUAGAUUCAGUUCCAAUAGUUGCAGGCCAACAACAGCCUGCCACUGAUAAUAAUCUCAUCACAAGUCCAAUUGGCAACAUUUUAAUGUUGCCUUUUGGCAACAAAACAACGCCUCGCUUACAACAAAAUACGCCCAGUGAUGCUGCCAUUUUGAGUAAAGUCUGUGGAGAUGACUCGCUUCCGUUUCCGCUCAAGCAGGACUCGAAACUAAUGCGAGCCAAAGCAAUAACAACAGGAGCAACAGCAGCAACGGCAGCCGGAACAACAACUGCAACAGCAGCAGCAGCAGCAGAUGAGCAACUGGCUCAAUGUCCACAAUUUAAUGCUCCCAAUUUGAGUCGCUAUCAUUUUGUGAGCAGUCAGGAGGUUGCAAAUAAAACUGCCACAGUGCCACUGAAGUCAAGUUCGAUCCUAGUCACCACAGAGAAUGUUACCGAAGAGAUACCGAUGGUGUGGAAGGUAAAACGACGACCAGAUGGCACCCGUUAUAUUGUGAAGCGACCAGUGCGCAAUAACGUAAGCGUUGGCAUACGUAAGAGUAUACGUAACAGCGAGUUGACCACAACAGAAGAUGACACAAUAUCAGAGGUGAAGAUCGGACGCUAUUGGACGAAAGAGGAACGUAAGCGACACAUAGAAAGAGCACGUGAAAGACGUCAUCAUCAGCAGCAACAGCUGCUGCAGCAACAGCAGCAACAACAGCAUCAGCAGCAAUAACUACUGUGUAAUUAGCUUUACAGCCCUUUCAAAUCCACUGUAGAAUGAAUUUACUUUAUAUGUUAUUAAUAUAUAUGCAAUGGCUAUCGCCAUAAAUACGUAUCCAAAAAGAAAAUGAAAAGAAAAAAUGCCGGGUUUCACAAGAAAAAGUAUUACUCGUAUAAAUAUAAAAAUAGAUUAUCAAAUGGAAACCAAAUAUGCAAUUGUUUUUAAGCAGGAUCUUUGGCUUUAAAAAAGUCUUAAAAUAGUGUGGCAACUCUGCAAGUAUUAUUUUGUAAUUCAAACAAGAACGAACAUUUCCUCCUACUUUCGCAUUAACCUUAGGUACACAUAAAAUACAUUUGACAUACAUAGCUCGAUUAUCACUAAUGUUAAGUGUGUUGUCUACAAAUCUAGUUUCGAAUAAAUAUAUAUUACAUUUUGCCAGUGUUGCAGUCAUUUGAAA